UGAGAAAACGUUGAGCUAGUGCAGUUUAUAACAAAAACAAACAAAAACAUAUAAACGAACUGAAGAAUAAUAGGAGAGGAGGAAGCAGAAAAAAGGACCAACAACAGCGUGAGAAAAGAAGACCAGCGGAGAAAGAAGCAGCAUAAGGACCAAUAACAAGCGACAGCGGAGUGAAGAAGAACAGAAAGAAGCAGCAGCAGCGGAAGGACCAAAUAAAUACAAAAGCAAAAGCCAAGAAUUGCUUUCCUGGACGCAGGUGACGGCUCAGAGGAGAACGCCACAAAUCGCGAGAGAGAAACAUGUCAACAUUCUUAAACAAUUUCUUCCCGGCAGAUACGGCUGCUAUGGAUCCAAUUUUCUACUCGCCCACGAAUGGUAUUCCGUCAGAGAGUAAACUCGCUACUUAUAUGAAUCGACAGAAUGUUGCCACACCGAGCAGCGGUGGCUUUGGGCUGAAUAGCGGAUUCUCGCUACUCAAUCUGGAUGCGCCCCUGGCAGCAGUGAACAAAAAGUCCCAGGUCACGCCGCAGUCGCCAGAAUUCAUUCCAACGCGCAUCAAUUCGUCCCCCAAUUUCUACGCACCAUAUCACAACACGCCGAUGCAACUCAGUAAUGGGCUCAACGGCGUCAAUGGGCUAGCCGGCUCCGGCGCAGCAGCAGCAGCCGUGGCACCCGCCUCCACAGCGGCAGCAGUGGCCGCCGCAUCCGCCGCAGCCACCGUGCCCAUCAGCAAGUCGGCGAACGGCAGCAGCUCGAUGCUCUCCCUGCAGAAGUCCGCCCCCUCCAUUGUCACCAUUGCACAACAGCAGCAGCAGCAGCAGCAACAACAGAAACAGCAGCAGUCGCCGCUGGUGCACUCCACCUCGGGGUCUGUCCCAUCGGCCCCCAUAGCAAUUAGCGGCGCACCACCGAAUCCUAGCGCCGCCCCCUUUGUGAGCAGCAUGUCCGCGCAAACACCACUCAAGGGUCGUGGCCCAAUGCUCCGACAGGAGUCGCCCACAGCGGCAAUGCUGGCGGGCGGGCCGGGUGAGAAGUCUCCACCGCAUGGCAUGACACCGCACGGCGCCUCGCCCAUCCCCACGACGCUGCCAGCGAGCGUGCAUCAGGAGAAUGUCGGCGGCACCAUCUACUUCUAUCCGACUGCCAAUGCGCAGGGCAACCAGCCAGUCGUGAAUUCCGUGGUGGUGGAUGCCACCCAUCCGGCUCAUCAUGGGGUCAGCUCUGUGCCAACGAUGAGCAGUGUCGGCGGCGUGCCCUCGGCGCUCAUGUACACGGGGCAUGUCUAUCCGGGUCCGGCCUCGAAUGUGAUCACCAUGCAGCCGAAGACGCACCUGGAGUCCGCAUUCUUCAUACCCGACGAAAUGCGGGCCGACAUUCUUGCCCGCAACGAGAUCUCCAAUCUGAUUAUGGACGCAGCGGAGGCUGCUCAGCACGCCCUACCACACGAAGUGGACAACUACCACGCGCUCUAUCCUCUGGAGCCGCCGGCCCAGCCGCUGCACGCCAAGCUCACGCUCCCCGCCAGCACGUACCGGGCCACGCACAACACGACCGGAUACAAGUACUGCCUGCGGAGAUUGCACGGGUUCCGCUUGCAGUCAACCAAAUGCAUGACGCUGGUGGAGAUGUGGAAGAAACUGCAGCACACGAAUGUGGUACAACUGCGCGAGGUGUUCACGACAAAAGCAUUUGGUGAUAACUCCUUAGUAUUAGUGUACGACUACUAUCCCGGCUCACAGACAUUGCUGGCCAAAUACUUUACGCCCGCGCCAGACACCAACGGUUACACUGAUCCAUUCCAAGGCGAAGCUCGCCCAUUCAGUCAUAAGAGUAACAUGCAGCGCACCAGCAACGGGCCAUUGCUGCCGGAGGCCACCAUCUGGUCGAUCAUCAUGCAGCUGACCGCCGGCCUGAGGGCCAUACACCAGGCGGGGCUUGCCUGCAAGGUACUGGAUCCCACGAAGAUCAUUGUGACGGGCAAACGAGUGCGUUUCAGCUCCUGUUGCAUCUCGGACAUUACGCAGUUCGAUCCCAAUGCGGCCAAUCCCCUGGCACUCGUUAACAUGCACCAGCAGGACGAUCUGACCGCGUUGGGUCGUUUGGUACUGGCGCUGGCCUGUCGCUGUCUCCAGUCUGUGCAGCGGGACAACGUCCAGUCGAGCAUUGACAUGGUCACGCGCAACUACUCCACCGAUCUUCGUAAUUUCAUUGUUUACCUCUUUACCACGAAUAACCGCCGAUCUGUCACCGAUCUGAUGCCGAUGAUUGGCGCCCGUUUCUAUACUCAAUUGGACGCGCUGCAGAGCCAAAUCGAUAUGCAGGAGGAUGAGUUGGCCAAGGAGAUGGAGAACGGCCGCCUGUACCGCAUUUUGGUGAAACUAAACAGCAUCAACGAACGGCCAGACUUCAAUUUGGACUGCACUUGGUCGGAGACUGGCGAUAGAUACAUGUUGAAAUUAUUUCGUGAUUAUUUGUUUCAUUCCGUCACCGAGGAUGGCCGCCCUUGGAUGGAUCACGCACACAUUGUACAAUCGCUCAAUAAGUUGGAUGCUGGCUCCAUCGAGCGGGUGCAACUGAUGUCGCGCGACGAGCAGUCUGUCCUUAUUGUUUCCUACGCUGAACUCAAGAAUUGUCUGGAGAACGCCUUCUCCGAACUGAUGUCUAGUGCGGCCAAUUGAUGAGCCUCAACACCUCAAAACGAAACUGAAAACACGCGCAGCUCUCCCCAACAACACCCAAUACCCCAUACCCAAUAUCCAAACGCGAACCGAUCCUCCUCCCCUAAAGCGACUACGAUUAAAAGGAUUAAACAUAA